AUGCUUAUUUUAUCUAAAAUUUGUUGCUGUUGUUUUGAUGACAGCACAAAAUCAGAACCAUCAGUAACAGAAAUAACUCCCAGAAUUAAAAAUGAUAAUAAAGAUAACAGAUCAAAAGAUAUUUUUGCAGAAGCUAAAAGUAAUUCAAAUGAUAAAGAAAGUUUUGACAAUUCUUCAAAUAUUAAUGAUGAUAAAGAUACUAAAGAAAUUAAAAAUGUAUCUUCUGAAAAUAAUUCAAAACAAAUUAAUAAAGAGAAUUUAUUAGAAAAUAGUGAAACAGCAGCUAUAACUAAUAUGAUGUUAGAUGAUAUUGUUGAAGAUGAUUUAGAACAAGCACCAAUUAUUCAUUCUGAAUCAGAAAUAAAGGUUGAUUUAAACGCAAUUGAAGAAGCUUCAUUAGAUGAUAUUUAUGAUUUAACAAUAAAUGAUAAAAAUAAUGAUAAUGAUAGUAAAAAAAGUGUUAAAGAUGAUACAAGUUCUAAAGUAAUGCAAAUGUUAAAAGAUGAAGAUGAAGUAGAAUUAACAUCACAAUACGAUGAUAGUUAUGAUGAAGAAGAAGAUAAUAAUGAUGAUGAAGAAGGUAUUGAAGUUGAAAUAAAAGAAACAAUACCAAUAAGUAGAGCACCAGGUGUAAUUACUCAUGCAGACUCACUUGUUAAUAAUAAAAGUACAAUAAAAACAUCAGCUAUGUAUGGUGAUGAGAGUGAAACUGAUUCAGACGAUUCUGAUGAUUCCGAUGAUUCUGAUGAUUCAGAUGACAUUUCAGAGACAACUGAUGAGGCAAAAGAAAAUAUUACAACAAUAUCAUCAUCAAAAAUUGAAGAAAAAAAGAAUAUUAGUGUUAAAAGAGAAGGAUCAACGAUUACAGCUGUCCCAGCAAUCAUUCAACAAGAACUUACUGAUGAGGAAGUUAGUGAAAAAGUAAUAUAA